GGCGGAAGUGACGUCAUUGAGCGGAAGUAACGGGAGACACGUGGGUCACAUGUGAGAACUGAGCCGGGAAGAUGAAGUAUUCCUACAAGUUCAGUAACCUCCUGGGCACCUUCUAUCGCCGUGGGAACCUGACCUUCACCCCAGACGGGAACUCGCUGAUCAGUCCUGUGGGAAAUCGGCUCAGCGUCUUCCAUCUUAAGAAUAAUCGUGCGGAGACCCUGCCAGUAGCGACACGGUGUAACAUCACGUGUGUGGCCUUGUCUCCAGACGGCUCCCUAGGGAUCCUGGUUGAUGAAGAGGGGUCCGCGCUUCUUAUCAGCCUCGUCACAAAGUCGGUCCUCAAUCACUUCAACUUCCAGCAGCCGGUGCACGCUGUCAGCUUCUCCCCAGAUGGCCGGCGGUUCGUGGUGUGUAAGGGCUCGGUGGCGCUCCUGUACCACGCUCCGGGGAGGAGACGCGACUUUAACGCCUUUGUGUUGGAUAAGUCCUUCUAUGGUCCUUAUGAUGAGACGACCUGCAUCGACUGGACGGAUGACUCCAGGUGUUUUGCUGUCGGCAGUAAGGACAUGACCACCUGGGUGUUCGGAGCGGAGCGCUGGCAGAACCUCAUCUACUACUGUCUUGGGGGCCACAAGGACGUCAUUGUGUCCUGCUUCUUCCAGGAGGACAGUCUGGAUCUCUACAGUAUCAGUGCUGACGCCGCGCUGUGCGUGUGGGAGUGUGACACCGAGCUCGCCCAGCUCCGGCCCCGAGAGCCCAAGAAGAGGCCCCAGCAGGAAGAGGAGGAGCCAGGCGAGGAAAUCCGUGGCUCAGCCAAUCCCAGCGCAGAGGAGAAGAGCCUUAGGGUUCGCUACAAGAGGACUGCCAAACAUUUCUUCAAUAAGGAAGGAGACUUCACUGCGCUGACUGCCGCCGCCUUCCACAAGAAGCUGAACAUCCUGGUGAGCGGCUUCUCCUCGGGAGCCUUCCAUAUCCACGAGCUGCCAGAGCUGAGCCUGAUCCACUCCCUUAGUAUUUCAGAUCAGAGCAUCUCCUCCAUCACUAUAAACCGCACAGGUGAUUGGAUCGCCUUUGGUAGCAGCGGUCUGGGUCAGUUACUGGUGUGGGAAUGGCAGAGCGAGUCCUAUAUCCUGAAGCAGCAGGGACACUUCAACAACAUGGUGGCGCUGUGUUACUCCCCUGAUGGCCAGCACCUCGUCACCGGCGGAGAUGACGGCAAGGUGAAGGUUUGGGACACGAGCAGCGGCUUCUGCUUUGUGACGUUCACCGACCACACGAGCAGCGUCACGGCGGUCACCGUCACUGGUAACGGGCAGGUGGUGCUCAGCGCCUCCCUGGAUGGCACCGCCAGAGCCUACAGCCUGAUGAGGUACCGUAACUUCAGGACGUUCACCUCCCCCCGGCCCGCCCAGUUCUCCUGCCUGGCGGUGGACGGCAGCGGCGACAUCGUGUGCGCCGGAGCGCAGGACUCCUACGAGGUCUACGUGUGGAGCAUGCAGACCGGGAGGCUCCUGGAUGUGUUGGCCGGACACGAGGCCCCAAUCAGCAGCGUGGCGUUUAACCCCUGGAAGUCUGUUCUGGCCACUGCCUCUUGGGACCGGACAGUCAGACUGUGGCACAUGACGGACAGCUGGAGGACCACAGAGACCCUGAGCCUGACGGCAGAGGGUCUGGUGGUGACUUUCCGCCCAGAUGGCGGUGAACUGGCAGUGGCCUCUCUGGAUGGGCAGAUCACCAUGUGGGACCCGGAGAAGGGGAUUCAGACGGGAUCCAUCGAGGGGAGACACGACCUGCAGCUAGGACGUAAGGAGACGGAUAAAGUCACCGCCAAGCACUCCUCCAAGGGAAAGGCCUUCACCGCUCUGUGUUACUCAGCGGACGGGAACGCCCUCCUCGCCGCCGGCGCCGCCCGCUUUGUGUGUAUUUACCACGUCCGAGAGCAGCUGCUGGCCAAGAAGUUUGAGAUCUCCUGUAAUCAUUCUCUGGACGCCAUGGAGGAGUUUCUGGAUCGGCGUAAGAUGACACAGUUCGGGAGUCUCGCGUUGGUUGAUGAGGGCGCUGGGGAGGACGUUACGUUGAGUCUUCCCGGAGUCCGUAAAGGUGACAUGAGCUCCCGGCACUUCAAGCCCGAAAUCCGUGUGACAUCGCUACGCUUUUCUCCAACCGGGCGCAGUUGGGCCGCCACCUCCACAGAGGGCCUCCUCAUCUACUCCCUCGACUCCAGUUCAGUGUUUGACCCCUUCCAGCUGGAUGAAGAGGUGACAGCCGGCAGUGUACAUCGGACGCUACGGAAGGGCGAGUGGACCCGGGCUCUUGUGAUGGCCAUGAGAUUAAAUGAGGAGCAGCUUCUUCAGGAGGUGCUGGAGAGCGUGCCCCACACGGACGUCAGGGUUCUGUGCUCCUCCCUCCCGGAGCUGUACGUGGAGCGCCUGCUGCUCUUCCUGGCCCCUCGAAUUGAGACUUCGCGCCACCUGCAGUUCUAUCUGAUCUGGGCCCAUGAACUGUUGAUGCAGCACGGCCAGAAGCUGAAGACUCGAUCAUUGUCCUUAAUGCCGGCCAUUCACUCCCUGCAGAAGAGUAUUCAGAGUCACUUCUCAGACCUCUCAAAGCUUUGUGAUUGGAAUCGGUUCAACAUGCGAUUUGCCGUUUGCUUGUCUAAGCAGCGAGGAGUGAAGCGCACAGCUGCAGAGCGUGACAGUGACAUGGACUCUGAGGUGGAGUCAAUGAGCGAUGGUACCGGAGAAGUGGAGGCUGAUGACGCAUAAUCGGGGUCGAUUAGAUGUUGAAUUGGUCACUUCUCCAUGCUGUACACCUGAUAGGAGUGAGGACUCUGUGGUCUGAUCUCCAGCACGUUUUUCAUUGUGAGGACUUUAUGGUCUGGCCUCCAGGAUGUUUCUCCUUGUGAGGACUUUAUGGUCUGAUCUCCAGCAUGUUUUUCAUUGUGAGGACUUUAUGGUCUGGCCUCCAGGAUGUUUCUCCUUGUGAGGACCCUGGUCUGGCCUCCAGCACAAGAUGAUGUGGCUUGUUUGUGCCUUAUAGGAACACGUGUACAUAGAUUUGUAUAGACGGCAUCUUUACAGCUGACGUGUCUGGUAAAAAGAAUAAAAAACAUUUUCUGUU